AACGAAUUAUUCGAAUUGAGCAGUCAUUUGAUUCGCUGAAUUUAGUGAAUUUUUUUUUGAAAACAAAACAUUCGUGUUUUGUUUAUUUAUUUAUUUAUUUAUUCACUUUAUUUGGACAAAAAUGUAUCAACCAGAUGAACGUCAACAAAAUUUCAUUAUUUAUGGUCUAUUUGGUCUAUUAUUGGGCAUAAUAUCAUUACCGUUUAUUAUACAUCAACAACGUUUGACAAAUGAUUUUUCAAUAAAAAAAUCUCAAUCAGCAAAAUGUUUACGUCAAAAUGAAAUUCUAUUUACAACCGAAGAAUUAGCUCAGCAUACAAAAUUACCAUCAAUAUUAUUAGGAUUUAUGGGUGUAGUUUAUAAUGUAAGUAAUGGACAUUAUUAUCAUCCAGGUGGAUCAUAUUCAUUUUUUGCUGGACGUGAUGGAACUCGUGCCUUUUUAACCGGUGAAUUUGAUACUGAAAAUGAAUUACGUGAUGAUAUUAGUGAUCUAGAUGAAAGCUAUUUAAAUGGUAUGGAAACAUGGAUAAAAUUAUAUGAAGAUAAAUAUCCACGUAUUGGAUUAGUAAUUGGUAGCUAUUAUGAUGAGGAUGGUUGUGCAACACCAAAAUUACAUCGUGUUAGACGAAUGUUAUCCAAAUCGGUAAUAAAUAAACAAAUGGAAACAGAUGAAUUGAAUAAAUAUCCACCAUGUAAUUCACAAUGGGAUGCACAAACAAAUUUAGGACGUGUUUGGUGUACGAAAUUAAGUGGAGGUAUUCAACGAUCAUGGACCGGUAGACCAAGAUUAUUUUAUGAUUUAUAUCAGAAAAAAUGGCGUUGCGCAUGUGUUAAUCAAAACGAUGAUGAUGAUGAAAAUAAUAUUGAUUAUUGUGAUCAACAACAACAUCAAUCCGGACCAAAUUCAAUUGGGAUGCAAUAUUCUGAUGAUGAUAACGAUGAUGACAAACAAGCGGCGACACCUGGUUGUCGUUUUAAACAUUAUGAAAAUUGUGAUCCAAAAUCAUUGGAAUGUCCAAUCACGUCAUAAACGAUUCCAAAACGAUCCCAAACAGCAAACGAACAGUUAUUUUGUGAAACAAAAUUUGAUUUUUAUUUAUUCAUUUUUUAUAUUGAAAAAAACCAAACAAAAAAAAGUUUAUUCGAAAUAUUUU